AUGCGCUGCCACCAAGUGUUUCAGUUUAUUUUCUUUGUAUCAGCAUCACUCAGCAGCCCAGUGUCUUUGUAUACAUCGAAAGAAGCUCAGGAUGUCUCAGACAUCUUCAACAAGCUAUUCAACACAUCUACAAGUCGUGCUCCCUUCAGCACGGACAUAUACCAAGAGCUAUCUGAGCUCGAAGCUAAGAUAUCAGGCAUCGCAACAGGCACAAUCAAGCCAGUGUCAACAAUUGAAGAAGGCCUCUCGGCUCUUUCCUCAAUUCCACACACCAACAACCGAACAAUCCUCCAAAAUGCCAUUGAUAUAGUAUCCCUAGGUUUAGUCCCAACAAACAUCAUCGACAUCCUUAACGGCAUAACAAACCACGAAAUAAACUCCAUAGCCAACAACAACACAAAAGACCCAAGUCCACGAAUCCACCCAACAAGAUCUUUCUGGGACGCACCCUACGACAUCCCCGAAGCAAACCUCCGCAGCGCAAUUUACAUCCCGCCAACCUUCUCCUACGGGAAGAACAACAAAAUCCCCGUCCUCCUAGUUCCAGGAACCGCUGACCCAGCCGGCAGCACCUACUACUUCAACUACGCGAAGCUCUUCACAGCAAACCCACACACAGACCCAGUAUGGGUCAACAUCCCGGGCAAUUCGCUGGGCGACAUCCAAAGCAACGCAGAGUACAUCGCCUACGCAAUAAACUACAUCUCGGGACUCUCGAAGCGUCCCAUCGGAGUCCUAAGCUGGUCGCAAGGCAGCGUGGACGUGCAAUGGGCGCUGAAAUACUGGCCGUCGACACGAGCAGCGGUAAGCGACUUCAUGGCUGUGAGUGGUGAUUUCCAUGGGACGCUUCUUGCGACGCUGUGCGUGCUGGCCAAGCCGUUUUGUUCGCCGGCUGUGCAGCAGCAGGGGUAUGAUACGAGGUUUAUUCGGGCUCUGCGUAGUGAGGAUGGGGAUUCGGCUUUCGUGCCAACGACAAGCGUGUACUCUGGGAAUGACUUUAUUGUUCAGCCGCAGAGUGGGGGGUGGGCUUCUGCGGCGCUGGGGGAUGUCCGUGGGGUUGGGGUGUCGAAUGUGCAGGUGCAGGUUGCUUGUGCGGGACGUGCUGCUGGAGGGUCUUAUUCCCAUUCGGCUAUGUUGGCUAAUCCGUUGGCGUAUGCUUUGUUCGUUGAUGCUUUGGUUCAUGAUGGUCCUGGGAAGUUGGAGAGGAUUGGUCUUGAUGCUGUUUGUGGCGAGUCGCUUGCGCCUGGUUUGGAUGUGGAAGAUUUUCUGGGGAUGGAGGCUGUGUCGAAUGUGGUUGGGGUGCUUGAUGUGUUGUUGUAUGGGUAUAAUGGGAGUGGGGAGCCGGCGCUUAGGGACUAUGUACAUCACUAG